AUGUUGGAAGGUGUCUCUAUCGACAUGCGGUAUAGCGAACCCCCCAAAACGGAGGGGGAAGUGGGCCAUGCAAGUGCUCCAGGCUGCCCAAAAUCAUAUAAAGGGUACCCUUGGGUCACGUAUGAGGGUCGCUGUUAUCUUGCCGGGUUCCAAGCCAUAUGUCCCCAUAACAUGAAAAUGUUCCUGGUUAAAGGAACCUCACAAGGAGUGUGCGACUGUAAGUGUUUUCAUCAAGCAUCAACCAGGAAUCACUGUCACUUGGCGGAUCAAUUUGUCCACCUGGCAAAUGUUAACGGGACGUGCUACCCCGUAUUUUCUCAGGGUCCUUGCUCCCUCAAACACCAAAUCCUGAUCGACAACGAGGGGAAUCCGACCUGCGAGCGUAGGCAGUGUGAGGACACAUACCUUAUUCAGAAGAAUCCAAACUAUUACGCCUUCUACGAUAAUGUCACCAAACAUUGUGCCGUUAAUCAGGGAAAAUGUAGCCCAUUUAACUUUUAUAUGACUGACGAGGAUAACUGGAUUCCAGUGUGCAAAGGUCUUAUCAAAGCAGGGCCGACACAACCAUCACCGAGCAAAUGUCAACACGAUUACGUUUUGGACGAUUGCUUGGGAGAAUUUGAUAGUGUGAGGGAAAGAACAAGAGCAGUACGGAAGCAAGGAAAAGUGUUGUGUCAUUGGGUGGAUGAUUAUUGA